GAAAAAAAUCAUGAAAAAAAAAAGAAGAAAAACCUAGAAACUAUAAGUUCCAUUUUGCGGUUAAGGUAUGCACCUCAGCUCCAUAAAGUGGUGCGCCUCUUUAGGGAUGUGCCUCAUGAACAGUGCCUUGCCUAGGGCAAAAAAGGAGUAUGGUGCUGGACGCAUGCUGACAGGUGAAGUGAAGAAGCGGCUUAUUGAAGUUUUGACUGAACUGGUGGAGAGACAUCAACGGGCUUGAGCUGCAGUGAAUGAUGAGAUGGUGGAUGCUUUCAUGGCCGUUAGACCCCUUCCAAAUAUGUUUGACUGAAGUCAUGAUAAUCAACUUGGUCGCACUUGUUCUUUUAGUUCCAAUGCACUGGAUGUUUCUAAAUUUCUAAUCAAUAGGAAGUAGAAGA